AUGACAAGUACCAGACCUGAUAUUUCUUUUGUUGUGGGUAUGUUGAGCAGGUAUACUAGUAAUCCUAGUGCUCCACAUUGGCAAGCAGUAAAUAUAGUGUUUAAGUAUCUUAAGGGAACGUUGGAUUAUGGUUUGAGUUACUUGGGGAGUCCUUCAGUUUUAGAAGGUCAUUCGAAUGCAAGUUGGAUAACCAACAUGGAGGACCAUUCCUUAACAUCUGGUUGGGUAUUCUUGCUUGGGGGAGGUGCCAUUUCUUGGGCUUCCAAGAAGAAAUCUUGCAUUACAAACUCGACAAUGAAAUCUGAGUUUAUCGCGUUAGCAGCUGCUGGUAAAGAAGCAGAGUGGCUAAGGAAUUUAGACCAUGAGAUUCAUUUUGUGGUCUAA